UGGCUGACACCGUGUGACACUGCACACCACACUUCCGGCCCCUGCUCGACCACCCCGUUUAUAUUAACCCCGUGUUUCCGGUUCUUCCUUCUUUUCGGCAGAGGCUGCAUACUCGCCAACAUGCCACUCGCGAAAGACUUGUUGCACCCGUCCCCCGAGGAGGAGAAGAGGAAGCACAAGAAGAAGAGGCUGGUCCAGAGCCCCAACUCCUACUUCAUGGAUGUCAAGUGUCCAGGAUGCUACAAGAUCACCACGGUGUUCAGCCACGCGCAGACAGUGGUGCUGUGUGUGGGCUGCUCCACAGUGCUGUGCCAGCCCACGGGAGGGAAGGCCCGGCUGACAGAAGGCUGUUCGUUCCGGAGGAAGCAGCACUAGGUGGCGCUGUGCGGCAGUCCGGCGCGGGGAGGGCUGGGCCGCUGGCACAGUGCGCGCUCCUCGCCGCGGGGCCUCGUGCUGCCGUCCCCAUGGCGACACGACGGACAGGCCAGGAGGAGGAGCACCUCUCAGGACGGUCACUGUAUCUGUAACCCCAACCCACCCCGCUACAAUAAAGGUUUUUCAUUCCGGAA